AUGCGCUUUUCUCUACUAUUUUUAUUUCAAAUCGUUAUUUCGAAACAAACAAAUGCCGAUACAAUCGAUGUCAAACAAAGUGAACUCACAGGCUCAAUUUUGGAGUCAACGAUGAAAUCGUGUGAGCAGAACUCGUCGAAAUGUCUUCCACCACUUAUACCGAGAAGACCACUAUGGCUUAUAUCCGAGCUCCAUAAAGUGGCCAUGUGCCAACUUCCAUCUAUUCUUUCACCGCUUCUUGAUCGCACUUUUUGCCUUCUCAAUCUCCCUUUUGUUGGCGGUCAACCGGACACUUCGUCUCUUGCAAGACAAAUCUGUGCCCUUUCGCCAACGUAUUCCUUUACAAUCAAAAACGCUAGUCAUUUCUUUGCUGAAGAUUGGGAAAUUGAGACAACCAUAAAGCCAAUUGAAGAAAAUACUCAAGAAAUCACUAAACCAUUCGUCAGUCAAGAUGAUAAUGGAAAUCCAAGAAUCUCGAGGCCAGCCUCUUCUGCUUUAUACUCAAAACCAUCAACUCUUGCUACUCAAUCAAAGCCAACCCAAGCUGCCCUCAAGAGCUCACCAAGUGAUUCAGCUAGACGAUCUCGUCCCAGCAAUUCCUCGACAUUUUCUAAACCAUCCCCCCUGGCCACCAAUGAAAAACCCUCUCUUUCUGCAACUCGAUCUGAAGUCUCGUCUGAUGCUCGUUUCUCUAAACCAUCUCAACAAGGAAUGCUCUCAUUACCCGAAUUCGCAGCCUAUCGCUCGAAUCCUUCACCAGAAUCCACUCGUUCUCUUCCACUUACUCCAUCUUCUUUUUCUCUACCAUCAAAAGAAUCAACUUUUUCAAUGCCUCAUGGAAAUGUUUCUUUUUCACUUCCUUCACCUAUCAUUUUUUAUUCAAAACCAACAAUUUCGAUUUUAUUCUCAUCACCAUCUGGAAGUGCUUACUUUGCUAAAACCAAUGAGAAAGAGAUUCCAUCAAAAGAAAUUCUUUAUUCAAAAGCGAUCAAUUCAAUGCGUGAUUCACCAAAAUUUGAAUCACUAAAAUCAACGCCGGAAAAAGAAGCACUAAAUGGAAAACCGAUGAAUGAAAAUGUGUUUUCUCAGCCAAAAUCAUCUUCAAUUUCUUCAAAACCAAAUGUUUUUAACUCAGAAACGACUCAAGAAGGAGUAGAAAAAAAGAUCAAUUUCCCUGCAAAAGCACAAACGGAAUGGACAUUUCUCGCGGCUGUACAAGAGCCAUUCUCGAGAUUCAUUCUUAAUUGGUGGAGUCAAUGUGUAAAACCAGCGACACUUGGAGAGAAAUCGUGCUAUGGUUGUCGGGAAAAUAUUAGCUGUCUUUUGGAAACAAUUCAUCAAAAAGCUUUACUCAUCUUGACCGAAGAUAUCAGCAAUUUCGAGAAAGAUUCAGUGAUCGGAUACUUUUUGCCGCAAAACUGGCAAUGCGAUUUCGCUCGUUUUCCCUAUCACAUCAUUGAGUAUUCGACGGUGGGAGAAGUUGUGUCAUAUGUGGAGAAAGCGAUUCAAUCGAUUAUCGAACUGACCACGCAAAGACAGAGUUCAUCAGCUCUUCUCAUCUCUGAUCCAUUGAGAGACACGACUUUCUCUGAUUUCAACGAAAAACUCUCCUUUCUUCUUUCUUCUCCUAAUCUUCUUGAAUCAAUUAUUCGAAUUUAUUACCACGAUUUUGUUCUUUUCGGUUUUCAUGGGUAUUUCACGAAUGGUAAAGGUGGA